AAUAAUCUCUUGUUGCAGGGCAAAGCGAAAAGGGACCAGUCAUUAGAAGAGCUCCGAGAACACAUCCACAGAUACUAUAUGCCGCUGGGCAGGCAGUUCAUGGUGCUCUUCCCUGAAGGGGGUUUUCUGCAUAAGAGGAGGGAGGUCAGCCAAAGGUUUGCAGAAAAGAACAAUUUACCAAAAUUGGAAUAUGUUUCGUUGCCAAGAGCUGGUGCGAUGAAAGUCAUUAUGGAAGAGAUCGGACCUAGCAGAGAUGAAGGAGCUAGCACAUCCAAAGAGAACUCUAAAAAAGAUAACAACUUCAACCAAAAUAACUUAAAUAAUAUAAUAGUGGACACAAAAUCAGGAGAUAGUAUAGAAUGGAUAUUGGACGUGACCAUCGCAUAUCCUGACCGGAUCCCGCUGCACUUGCAAGACAUCGUGUGCGGCACCCGGCCACCCUGUGCCAUAAACCUGCACUACAGAUUGUACCCUAGUAAUGAGGUUCCAGCCGAUACUGAAGGGAUGACUCAGUGGCUCUAUGACAGGUUCAUAGAGAAGGACAAAAUGUUAGAAGAGUUUUACCGCACGGGCCAGUUCCCUGCGCGAGGGAACAAUUCCCAAAUAGUUCGACAAGUGAGACAGGACAAUUUGCGUUAUCUGAUAUUGCAUUUAUUUUUUAUAGCUUCGACGUUCUUACAGUACAAUAUGUGGCGUGAGUUUUGGAGCUACUUAUGGUAAUCGAGUGUAAUCUUUAGUGAAUUUAUGUGUCGUUGUUUGGUUCAAUUUUUGAUGUCUCUAUGAAUAUUCAUGUAUGGUUACUAGUAAGUUCAUUAUCCGUUUUUAAAACAUUUUAAAGAUAAUAUGUUGUAUCCUUAAAUUUAAAUUAGGAUUCUAGAUUUUCUCUAAGGAUACGAAUGAAGUUAUUUGUAGAGAUUGUUUAUGAAAAGUAAUUAAAUCUGUUAUACUGAGUAUGAAUGCAGCUAAUUUGUGGAUAACAUAAAUUGAAUCAAACGUAUGGUUAAUGUCCGCUUUUGCCAUUGAUGAUUAAUAUGUAUUUUGUGAAAUUGAUCGCUUUCUGGUAUUAACUAAACAACUCUUGUUAUCAUCUUGAUUUAUUAAAUUCUAUUUUAUAUCAAAAUCUACUACAAUACUAGAAAGCGAUUCUCAUUUUAGGAGGUGCCUUGAGAAAGUACAUUUGUUUUACGUUUCAUUUAAGUUCCUCGCAUUUUACAUUUAGUAAAGAUUUGUUUGUACUUUGGUACGUUAAGGUGCGUUUACACUGUAGAAACCUGUACAUAUUGGUAUCUCUUUUUUAUAAGAAUGAAUGAGACAUUUUGUACAUGUUUCCGCAAUGUAAAUGCGCAGUGAGAUUGUCUCGAUGUUGAUUAUCGAUGUUUUAUGUAGCACUGUCUUAUAGUGAAUACAUACAAUGAGUGCUGUGACGUUUAAGUCAAUAUUUAAGUGAUUUUCCUAGAGUAAGUUCUUCGCUUUGAGCUAUACCAAAACUUGAAUCCUUUAUGACAAUAAACACAAUAAUGUAAUUCUCACCUUCACGCUUUCAUUAUCAAUGUUUUUCUGGACUAAUAUACAUGCCAAAGAGAAUUUUAUCAUUUUUCACUCAAAGAAUUAAAAUCCUCGAUAAUAAUACAUUUUACUCUAAUAAUCUACUUUAAGAAAUUUAAAUAGUUUUUCCUAAGUGUUUUAUGACAGUUAACUUUUGGUAAAAUAAAUUAUUCUUUAAACUUUUAUAUUAAAGUAUGUUUUUAAUUUCAAUUUAUCGAUUUGUUAGUCCAGAUAGAAACAGUCCAGUGUGAAAGCUCUCUAAUUCACUUUAAACAGUUUCCCCGCUUCUAAAUUUUAAAAAAUACGAAUUUAAUAUAAAGGAGUCUAUUCACACUCCAAUUAAAAAUUCCAAAGCGUGCGAAAUUGAUGUAUUUUUUGUAAAAGUAAUGCAAAAUUUUAGAUAGGUGAUAAUUUGGAUGCGGAGAUUUUUAUGAGCACAUAAUGUAAUUGUGCACAUAAAUUUAAUAACAAACAAAGUUAUU